AUGAAGCGGCACAGCGCGGCGGAGCUGCCGGUGCCGAUGAGCGACGGCGGCGAGAGGGAGGGGAAGGCCGGGAAGGUGGACAGGAUGGGCGGGGCGGCGAGGCAGGGGCGUGGCGGCGGCGGCGGCUGCUGCUCCCGCCUCUGGUUCGUGCUCGUCCUCUCCGCCACCGUGACGGUGCUGGUGCGCCACUGCUACGACUCCGGCCUCGGCGAGGGCGCCGCCGGCGUGGUGCGCAUCGAGCCGGUGCUGGUGCACCGUGGUUCGUCCCAGGCGCCGUCGUAUGGCGGCCGGAAGGUGAACCCGGUUGAUCGACGCGGCGGCGGCGGCAGUCCGUCGUUCUCUGGCCACUCCCCCGGUUUGCCUGCCACCGUCGAGCAGAAGCCGCCGUCCGAUUCGUCUACCGGCACGGAGCCUGACGGUGGAGGCACGCCAUCGUCGACGUCGUCGCUGCCGGCUGCGGCGCACCCGUUCACGCGCGCGCUCGCGGCGGCGGACGACAAGGGCGACCGGUGCGGCGGGCGGUACGUGUACGUGCAGGAGCUGCCACCGCGGUUCAACACGGACAUGGUCAAGAACUGCGCGACGCUGUUCCCGUGGACGGACAUGUGCACGUUCACGGCGAACGGCGGGUUCGGCCCACAGAUGAGCGGCGGCGGCGACGGCGACGGCGACGGUGGCGUGUUCCAGGAGACCGGGUGGUACAAUUCCGAUCAGUACACGGUGGACAUCAUCUUCCACGACCGGAUCAGGCGGUACGAGUGCCUCACCGACGACCCCUCCCUGGCCGCCGCCGUGUACGUGCCGUUCUUCGCCGGCCUGGAGGUGGCGCGCCACCUCUGGGGAUUCAACGUCACCACGCGGGACGCCAUGGCGCUGGAGGUGGUGGACAUCAUCACGUCGCGCCCCGAGUGGCGCGCCAUGGGCGGCCGCGACCACUUCUUCACCGCUGGCCGCACCACGUGGGACUUCCGGAGGUUGAACGACGGCGACGGCGAGUGGGGCAGCAAGCUGUUCCGCCUGCCGGCCGUCAAGAACAUGACGGCGCUCGUCGUGGAGGCCAGCCCGUGGCACCUCAACGACGCCGCCAUCCCGUUCCCGACGGCCUUCCACCCGGCGAGCGACGAGGCCGUGUUCGUUUGGCAGGACAAGAUCCGCCGCCUCGAGCGGCCGUGGCUCUUCUCCUUCGCCGGCGCACCGCGGCCGGGGAGCGCUAAGUCCAUCCGCAACGAGCUCAUCGCGCAGUGCAUGGCGUCGAACGUCUGCUCCCUCAUGGCGUGCUCCGACGGGCCAAACAACAAGUGCGGCUCGCCGGCGAGCUACAUGAGGCUCUUCCAGCGCUCCACCUUCUGCCUCCAGCCGCAGGGCGACUCCUACACGCGCAAGUCGGCGUUCGACGCCAUGCUCGCCGGCUGCAUCCCGGUCUUCUUCCACCCCGGCACGGCGUACGUGCAGUACACCUGGCACCUGCCCAAGAACCACGCCGACUACUCCGUCUACAUCUCCGAGCACGACGUCCGCAACAACGCGAGCAUCGAGGAGCGGCUGCGGCGGAUCCCGCCGGCCACCGUCGAGCGGAUGAGGGAGACCAUCAUCUCCCUCGUCCCGACGGUGGUGUACGCCCAGCCGUCGUCGAAGCUAGACACCAUGAAGGACGCGUUCGACGUGACAAUGAACGCCAUCAUCGACAAGGUGACGAAGCUGCGGCGGGGCAUCGUGGAGGGCCGCGCCGAGGAGGAGAAGCUGGAGAUGUAUAGCUGGAAGUAUCCAUUGCUGCGAGGAGGGCAGAAGGUCGAGGACCCCCACGAGUGGGAUCCAUUGUUCGCGUUCGCGUAG